GCUGAUCAAAAGAACAUAUAGGUGGGGGGAAAAUAAGGCCAAUUUUUAACUUCAAAUAGCACACAAGUAAAUGGCUUCAAAAGUUUUUGCAGCCCUUCUUCAACUUCUUGUGCUGUUCUUGAUUUGUUUCCCCAUUGCCAAUGCCAUCGACUUUAAUUACCCUGCAGUUUUCAACUUCGGUGAUUCAAACUCUGAUACAGGAGGACUUGUCGCAGGGGUUGGCGACCGCCUUGACCCACCCAAUGGAUAUGUUUACUUCAAGAAACCCUCUGGGAGGUUCUGUGAUGGACAGUUGAUCAUCGACUUUCUAAUGGAGGCAAUGGAUUUGCCAUUGUUGAACCCUUACUUGGAUUCCAUUGGCAUGCCAAGUUUCAGAAAAGGAUGCAACUUUGCAGCUGCUGGUUCCACCAUACUCCCUGCAACAGCAUCGUCUGUCAGCCCAUUCUCAUUUGGUAUUCAAGUCUCUCAGUUUCUAAGAUUCAAGUCUCGAGUUCUUGAAAUUCAAGCUAAGAAUUCAAGGAAAUAUGAAAAGUACGUACCGGCUGAAAGUUUUUUUCAGGGUGGGCUAUACAUGUUUGAUAUAGGCCAGAAUGAUCUUGCUGGUGCCUUUUAUUCCAAGACACUAGAUCAAGUUCUUGCUUCGAUUCCUACAAUUCUGUUGGAAUUUGAAAACAGGAUUGAGGAACUUUAUGAUCAAGGAGGGGCAAGAAAUUUUUGGAUCCACAACACGGGUCCUCUGGGUUGCUUACCUCAGAAUAUUGCAAAUUUUGGGACUGAUCCACUAAAGCUGGAUGAGUUGGGAUGUGUAUACUCACAUAACCAGGCUGCUAGACUCUUCAACCUGCAGCUGCAUUCACUCUGCAAGAAGCUGCAAGGCAAAUAUGCUGAUGUAAAUAUCACUUACAUUGAUAUUUUCACAAUCAAGUUUGAUCUCAUUGAUAACUAUUCCAAAUAUGGAUUUGAGCAGGCUACAAUGGCUUGCUGUGGAGUUGGAGGCCCUCCACUGAACUAUGACAGCCGGGUAUCAUGUGGCCAGAUUAAGGUUAUAAAUGGAACAACAAUCACAGCCAAAGGGUGCAAUGAGAGUAGUGAAUAUAUAAACUGGGAUGGCAUUCAUUACACAGACGCUGCAAAUCAGUAUGUUGCAACGCAAAUUCUCACCGGAAAAUACUCGGAUCCACCUUUCAGAGACCAGAUGCCUUUCCUGCUUAAACUCAAGUUCUAGUGGCCUAACAUGCUCGUCCUUGUUUCAUUCUUUCACAAACACUGUCUAAUAAAUGGCAUCCAUAAUUAAAAUGAUAUUAGUCUGCAAAAUUCCAUUGGUUUUAUCAGCUGUAAUGAAGUUUUUAUUAUAAUGAAAGGGAAAAAAAGGUAAUUAGAAAAGGACAA